AUGCUAGAUGUCAGAAUAGCUUCAUAUAAAAGAUAUUUAACCGAAGCUGUCAUAGCUUUAGUAUGUGUAUUUAUCUUUUGUGAAUAUUUGCUGUAUUAUCUUGUUCUUAUUCAGUGUACAUGGCCAGUUUUGGAGUCACAUAAAAUUGAUAUAACAAUUGAUGAAUCUAAAUCGGAUGAAACUCCUGUCCAUGCAAUGUUUAUUGCAGAUACUCAUUUAUUAGGUUCUAAAAAUGGACAUUGGUUUGAUAAAUUAAGAAGGGAAUGGCAAAUGUACAGAGCAUUUCAAACUAUGGUUACACUUCAUAAACCUGACAUAAUUUUCGUAUUAGGUGAUUUAUUUGAUGAGGGACAAUGGAGCAGUACUGCAGAAUUUGAUCAAUAUAUACAUAGAUUUCAUUCAUUAUUUUCAGUACCAAACCAUACACGUCUUUAUGUUGUUGCUGGAAAUCAUGAUAUUGGAUUUCAUUAUGCUAUUACACCAUUCUUAAAUCAACGAUUUAUAAAUGGCUUAAAAUCACCAAGUGUAAAAAGAGUUACUAUCAAAGGAAAUCACUUUGUUUUAAUUAAUAGUAUGGCAUUGGAAGGAGAUGGAUGUUUUUUGUGUCGUCCAACAGAAAUUGCACUAAAUAAAAUUGCCAUACAUUUAAAAUGUGCAAAAGACAUGGGAAAUAGUUGUAAUAAAGAUAAUGCAAUUUCAAGAUAUAGUAGACCAAUUAUUUUACAGCAUUAUCCAAUGUACCGUGAAUCUGAUGAAAUUUGUAAUGAACCUGAUCAAGCGCCAGAUGAAAUAAAAGAUGUCAAAUUCAGAGAACGGUGGGAAUGUUUAUCAAAAGAAGCAUCUGAACAACUUUUAGACAUAUUAAAUCCAAGACUGAUUAUUAAUGGUCAUACUCAUCAUGGUUGUAGAAGAAUACAUAGGAAAGAUAUAUUAGAAUUUACAAUACCAUCUUUCAGUUGGCGUAAUAAGGAUAAUCCUUCACUCUUGUUAGGUGUAUUUACUCCCAAUAAUUAUUCUGUAUCAAAAUGUUACAUGCCUGUGGAAUCUACAGAAAUCAAAAUUUAUAUUAUCAGUAUAAUAUGCAUCUUUAUAUAUUUUAUUCUAAAAUGUAAACUAAAACAAAAUCAGUAUCAUCAUCUGAAAUUUCAUUGAAAACACGUUUUCGUUUAUCAAUAUUAAUGAAAGGAGUGCAGAUGCGUAAAAGGAUGUUUACGAUAUCCAA